CUUUCUUUUUUUGCAAGCAUAAACAUUUUAUUCCAUAAGUGUUAACAGUCUACUGUUGAUAAGACAUUUUUCCACUUAUGGGAUGGUCAUCUAGUACCUCCCACAACCGCCCACUCUUCACCUGUACAAUUAUGGUUAUAUAAACAGACCCAUCACAGUUCUCCCUCAUUAAAGUGCAGAGAGGAGAGGAGAAGGGACGGGAUAGGAACGGAAAGCCAUCCCAUCACACGGCAAAGCCUACAGGACUGUGGGUCCCCCGAACAUUUUAACCACAGGGAAAAAAUCGUCAAGGUAACUUUGGACAAGGAAGCGGGACCAUGUGUACGGGAAAGUGUGCCAAGUGCAUCGGGGUGAUGCUGUACCCCUUAGCGCUGAUCUCCAUUGUCUGCAACAUCAUACUGUUCUUCCCGGACUGGAAAACCAAGUACGCCGAGGAGGAGCGGGAAGGCUUGGGGCCCCGUCUCACAGAGGAAGUGAAAUACAUGGCAGGCGUCAUUGGAGGGGGCAUCAUGGUGCUGAUCCCUGCCAUCCACAUCCACCUGACGGGAAAGCAGGGUUGUUGUGCGAAUCGCUGCGGGAUGUUUCUGUCCAUCGGCUUUGCGGCAGUGGGGGUGGUGGGUGGUCUCUACUGCUUCAGUGUGUCCAUUGUUGGUCUUAUCAAUGGACCCAUGUGCAAUUACAAGAAUCCUGACACCCUCAGUCUACAGUGGGGGACACCAUUUAUCAACAGCACUGAGAGUUAUCUGACUGACCGGGAAAUGUGGGACAUUUGUCUGGAGCCCAAGGACGUGGUUCAAUUCAACGUCGGUCUGUUCUCCACCAUGCUCAUAGCUGGUGGUCUGGAAAUUAUCCUAUGCACUAUCCAGGUGGUCAAUGGGCUGUUUGGGUGCCUCUGUGGGACGUGCAACAAGAAGCAGUCAUAUUAAUCAGCGCAGAGGUAAUAGGAGAAGAAAGAACGCGCCUCGAGUACGAUGGACUGACUGCGCCCUCUUGUGUCCACGGAGGGCAACAGUUCUUAAUAGACCACUACUGAAAAUAGCUUUACGGGACCAUUUUAAAUUAUCAUUCACAGUAAACACAUACUACCUUUUCUAAGGAUUGGUAUUAUUCCUAAUUACUACUUGUGAAGGAAUAGUACUUUACAACUAAUGUUUAUAAAAUACAAAAAUGUUAAUCAGUUUGUUUUUAUAUGAAUUGUUUAUACACUUGUACACUUUUUCAUUGUCUUUUGAACUGUCAAUGAAUGGUCUAACCAUGACAGUGAUUCUCGCUGAUAAAUAUUAAAUAAGGUGGUAAACUACUAAGCAUUAUUAUACGUAAGAGAGGAUGAAACCAUGUAACAAAAUAUCAGUAAUUCUAUGACUGGUAUCCUUUUGCUACAUUGUUUUAACUUCAGCUGAAUCUUGUGUCAUGGAAAUUUGACUCAGGUUUUCAAACCUGACUGUUUCUCCUUUGAAACAGGUGAAGGUUUGCAUCUUUCAUGAACCUUGAAACCUUAUAGUAUAUAGCACAAAAUAUUUUGCUUUGUCCAGAGUGAGUUAUUUUAUGUAAAAUUGUAAAAUAUUAC